UCCAGCCAAGCAGUGGACGUGCUUUGCAUGUGGCAGAGUCGGCCACGUGUCCACGCUGUGUCGUUCGUCGAAGCAGAAAUCAAGCCACCAGAAUCGAGUAGCAGAAAUGUCGGAAGUCGUCGAAAACUGGAAGCUGAAUCGGUUGUCGUCAUCGAGUGAGCCUUCGGAAAAUGCUGUUGAGGAGGAGAGUUCCAGCAGUACAAUUUGCGUUCUCGGAGAAACGGAGUCCCGUCGGGAGCGGAUAGACGUGCCAGCAACCAUGGAGCUGGAGAUUGAAGGAGUACCAGUGAAAUUUGAAGUGGAUACAGGAGCAUGUGAUUCAGUGAUAUCGAAGAAAACGUAUCAAGAGAAGCUUUCCCACGUCACGUUGCGACGGACUGCCAAGUGCUUUCAAUCAGUGUCGGGUCAAGACAUCCGUCCAGAGGGAGAACUAGCGGUCAAGGUAAGAAACAGGAGUGGUGAUUUAGUCUCGCUGCAGCUCUUUGUUCUUCAAGCGGAGAGGAACAAGUGCAUCACCCCUCUACUUGGUCGUUCGAGUCUCGAUGUCCUGGUUCCUGAAUGGAGAAACAUGGUGAGUUUCAAUUUGUCUUCUAUCAGUACUAUUCAGUCCAGUCUUAAGUCUGAAAUACAAGCAAAAUUUCCAUAUUUGUUUGGUGGUGGUUUCAACCAAGUAAUUGAAGGUUUUACGGCCGAUAUUGUCCUAAAGCAGGACGCAGUUCCAAUUUUCCAUAAACCGUACACUAUUCCGUUCAAAUUUCGCGAAAAUGUGGAUCUGGAGUUGGACCGCAUGGUGCAGAGCGGAAUUCUUGUUCCGGUCCGUACCUCCACGUGGGCAAGUCCCAUUGUUGUUACGCCGAAAAAGGACGGGUCCAUCAGAAUCUGUCUAGAUGGCAAAGCCACUUUGAAUCGUUUUAUUUCAACUGAACACUAUCAGUUACCGUCGAUUGAUGAUGUUCUCGCCAGUCUGGCUAAUUUCAAGGUGUUUUGCAAAAUUGAUUUAACUGGUGCGUAUCUUCAAGUGAAGUUGUCAGAUGCCGCACAAGAUUUGUGUACUAUAAACACCCAUCGCGGAUUGUUUAAGUAUACUCGAAUGCCUUUUGGUAUUAGUUCAGCACCAUCUUUGUUUCAGUCGAUCAUCGAUCAAAUUUUGCUAGAUACAGUCGCAGUUCCAUAUUUGGACGAUAUUUUAAUUGGUGGUAGAACUCUAGAAGAGUGUAAAAAAAACCUCUUCCAGGUUCUUGACAAGCUGAAUCAGCACAGAGUGCAAAUCAAUUGGUCAAAGUCAGUUUUUUUCGAAACCGAAGUCGAGCAUCUCGGUUUCAGGUUGACCUCCGACGGAAUUCGUCCAAGUCCGUCAAAAGUGGAAGCCAUUUGUCUCGCACCCGCACCGAAAGAUGUUAGUCAGUUACAGUCGUUCCUAGGUCUUCUGAACUAUUAUCAUCGUUUUCUACCGAAUUUGUCGUCCGAGCUACGUCCGUUAUACGAUUUGUUGAGAAAAGAUCACGAAUUUGUGUGGUCGUCCGCGUGUCAAGAAGCUUUCGUGAACUGUAAAAAGCUGUUAGUGGCCAACGAUGUGUUGGAGCCAUAUGAUCCGUCGAAACCGUUAAUUCUCACUACCGAUGCGAGUCCGUAUGGUAUUGGUGCAGUGUUGUCACACCAAGUCGGUCAAAUAGAAAAGCCCGUGUGCUUUGCGUCGUCCACGUUGACCCCCGCGCAGGUUAAUUACGGUCAGAUUCACAAAGAAGCCUUAGCAGUUAUGUUUGGAGUGUCGAAAUUCCAUAAGUAUCUAUACGGUACGGAAUUCACCCUCGUGACCGAUAGUUCCGCGUUGAAGCAGAUUUUCAACCCGCACAAAGGUUCGUCCGCGGUCGCGAUUUCUCGAUUGCAUCGAUGGGCAGUAUCAUUGUCUAAUUAUUCGUAUCGCGUUGUGCAUCGUCCCGGUAAAAGUAUUGGUAAUGCCGAUGCGUUGUCGCGUCUUCCCCUACCCGUCGAGAAUCGUAUAGAACAUAUGUCGGUAGCUGAACAUAACCUGCAAACCUACGUCGGUAUUGAAGAGAUUAAAGUUCAACAGCAGCGUGAUUCGAUUCUGAGCAAGGUUAUUCGUUUCGUGAGAAAAGGAUGGCCACGUGUCGUGGAAACAGAAUUGAAACCGUUUGCGCAGAUUUGUACAAAUUUCGAAAUAGAAGAUGAUUGCCUAUACUUUGAGGAUCGCGUCGUAAUUCCAAAGGCCCUUCAGCGCCGCGUGCUCGAGAAGCUUCAUGAAAACCAUGAUGGCGUCGUGCGUAUGAAGAUGAUAGGUCGAUCAUAUUUUUGGUGGAAGGGAUUCGAUAAAGAUGUCGCGGAUUUCGUCAAGUCGUGUGUCACGUGUCAGAAAACUCAAAGGGUGCCGAGGGAAGUAGUCGAGUCUAACUGGCCUCCAGCUAACCAUGCUUUUGAACGACUUCAUUUGGAUCUUUUUCAUUUCGAAGGUCAAACGUUCUUGAUUGUCGUUGAUGCGUAUUCAAAGUUUAUCGAUGUUAAACUACUACGCCGAACGGAUGCUAAUAGUGUAUUGGAAAAAUUGGAUGAGAUUUACACAUACUUCGGUCUGCCCACAGAAGUGUGCUCGGACAAUGGUCCACCAUUUAAUUCGUCGUUGUUUGUGGAAGCUUGCAAAGCAAACAAUAUCAAUGUGUUGAAAUCUCCACCAUACCAUCCUCAGUCAAAUGGUUUAGCAGAGAGAGGUGUGCAGACUAUCAAGACUGUACUGAAGAAGUAUUUGUUGGAUGAGAAAUUCAAACCGAUACCAAUCCAACGAAAGCUUAACCGCAUUCUGUUCAACUACAGAAAUACUCCGUCUACCACUACCGGUAGAACACCCUCUUCCAUGAUGUUCAGUUACGUGCCACGCACAUUAUUAAAUGUUAGUAACCCUAUUAAGUUGGACAUUCAAAAUCAACAAAAGAAUGUGGUUAAACCGUCGUUGACCCCCGCAAAAUCCAACAGUCCUCCAGUAUGCCCCAAAACGUACUCCCGUGGUGAUAAAGUUUUCUAUCGGAACCACAUGGAUGAUAGUGUCCGUUGGAUUCCAGCGAUUGUUCUAGAGAAAAUUAGUCCUCACACUUACUUGAUCAAUCUUAACGGGAAUGUGCGUAUGGUCCAUACUAACCAAAUCCGUGUGUCUGAUCUGUCAGACAAAUACCAUCCUUCCCUACCAGUAAUAAGUCCUAUCCCCGAGUCAGAACAGCCAACGAUUGGGGUGGAGGUACCUGGUCCUUCAUCCGUGGUUCGACCAACAACGUCGAACAAGAAGAAAUCUCCAAAAAAGAAGAAAUCGGAGAAUAAAAGAAAACGUAGCGAGUCUACAUCACCAAAGCUCCGCCGCUCCAAGCGAAUUCGUAAUAGAACCUUGAAACGCUAGUGUGGGUUUUGGGAAAACGGAUGUUUUGUCUCUUCGUGUAUCGAAGGCAUUUGAUGGUUAGUGGACUAGAGUUGAUGUGCUUGUAUUAUAUCGCGUUUCGAUAUCGCUGGAUAACUGUUCUUGUGUUAGUAGUAGGCAUUAGCUCUAAAGUCUCAUUUAAAGCUGGGAGAAGUGUUGUGAACCCUAUUAUAGCUACAGAAUCCAUCUAAUAGUUAGGUAGUAGUGAGCUUGUAAAUAGUUGUACACAUACACAGCAACUAAUGCCCUUGACAACUUUCACCACACACACUCUCCCUCACACAAUUAUUGUUUUGUCACACAAUGCCUUUUGUUAUGUCUACUAUAAAAGACCAUGCGUCCCCUUUGGUCGGUCUCUUUUGCCGAUCGACCACGCUGUAAGUAAGUAGUGAACCAAGUGUUAAUAAAUAGCUAGUGAAUAGAAGA